AAUACCAUUCCAUUGUAGUUAGCUGUCAGUUCCCGCUUCACGAGGUUCAACAACUUUCUUCUUCGCCUCAACACAGCGGCGAGUGAAUUUAGUUAACGUCCUCUAGCGCCACCAGAACUUCGGUCAGCGAGCUCAAAAGAGGGAUCGUGGCCAUACUCCCUCCAGACCAGUGGGCGCCACUGUUGCACCCAUCUCUCCUGGUGGAGCGGCGAAUAACGGAAGAAGCAGGAACCGUUUUAACGUUGAUCAGAACCUAAGUCUGGACUGGGAAGCAGGAUCCUCCAGGACUGUGCUGGAGCCCUGAACAACAGUCGUCCGGCCGUCAGCUUUGAAUCUACUGGAGUGUGACCAGCAAGCCAAACCCAAGCUCACCUGGAAGAGCUGUGCUGAGAGUCCGUCAGUGGCACCAUGGCGGAGAAGCUGCUCAAUUUAUCAGCCAAGGGACGAAUUGUCAUCUGCCUCCUGGUCAACCUAUUUUCCUCCAUCUGCAUCGUCUUCAUCAACAAGUGGAUCUAUGUCCACUAUAAAUUCCCCAACAUGACUCUGACCCUGGUCCAUUUUGUGGUCACCUGGUUAGGCCUAUACAUCUGCAACAAGAUGGACAUUUUCUCACCAAAAAGCGUCCCCAUCCGCAGGAUCGUGUGGCUGGCGCUGAGCUUCUGUGGAUUUGUGGCCUUCACUAAUCUCUCUCUACAGAACAAUUCUAUUGGAACAUACCAGCUGGCUAAGGCGAUGACCACGCCCGUCAUCAUUCUCAUCCAGACCACCUACUACAAGAAGACAUUCUCUACUAAGAUCAAACUGACUCUGGUACCGAUAACUCUUGGAGUAAUUCUAAACUCUUACUACGAUGUUCGUUUUAAUGUCCUCGGGACAGUAUUUGCAACACUGGGAGUCCUGGUUACGUCACUGUACCAAGUGUGGGUCGGAGCCAAACAACAUGAGCUGCAGGUGAACUCCAUGCAGUUGCUCUACUACCAGGCCCCGCUCUCAUCGGGCUUCUUGCUCUGUAUUGUUCCCUUCUUUGAACCGCUGACUGGAGAUGGGGGGAUAUUUGGACCCUGGUCUCUGCCUGCACUGGCGACGGUUUUGUUUUCAGGUGUUGUGGCCUUCCUAGUCAACCUGUCCAUCUACUGGAUCAUAGGAAACACAUCAGCUGUCACCUACAACAUGUUUGGUCAUUUUAAGUUCUGCAUCACUCUGGUAGGGGGAUACGUGCUGUUCCAGGACCCGCUGUCACUAAACCAGGCUCUAGGAAUCCUCUGCACUCUGGCUGGCAUCCUGCUGUAUACACACAUCAAGCUGGUGGAACAGGAAGAAGGAAAGAACCGCCUCGCUCAAAGACCAUAAAGACACUUGCCUAUUCAUCACCUAUAGAAGUAGAUUGAAACUAUUUUUAAAAGAUAUGUAUUUUAUUACAAUGUAAGUGCUGCGAUUGUAAUAUCAGAAUAGAAGCAACUGAAUAACAAGUCAAUGAUAGCAAAAGCGACAAUGCAUUACUUUUUUCAAACAAAUAUAAAACAAAAUCAUGUUACAUUUUCUUUUGCUGUACUAUCAUUGAACGUAUUUUAAGUUUAAUUUAUUUUGUCUUUUAGUGACAAGACAACUGCUUCCUGAACUGCCAUUGUGCAGGAAAUUAUGUGUAAGAGAAGCAAAAUAUCCAGUCAAUGUAUUUUCGCUAUUUUGUGAAAAUACGACUUUAUACCCAUAUUUUUUUUACAUUGCCAAACUGGCCUUGAUAGGAAUAAGGUAAUUCACUCUGCACCUUUACAUCAUAACUGCCUGUUUUCGCUUUAAAUAUGGAAAUCAAAUCAAGUUGGAAGCAUGCUAUUUAUUUAUGUUGCAUUGUUGUCUUCUCUUGUUUAAUUCAAAUGCGGGGUACAUUGCCAGUUAACAAAGCAUUACUUAAGGCAAACAUUUCCAUACUGAAUAAAUAUUUGUUUAUAUAUAUAUACAUGUAUUAUCUUGGCAGAUCACUACAGGAUAGUUGUUUCAAAAAGCAGCCUGAUAUAUAUAUAUAUAUAUAUAUAUAUAUAUAAAUUCUUGAUCACUCACCAUCUGGCACUUAAUCGAGUAGGGGACAAAAGGAUGGAACAAGGAAUGCUUCGGAGGAUACACAUUGGUCCUUACAGAUAGAUUGUUUCUAAGCUUAAGAUUCAUGU